CUGCUGCUCCUUCCCCUGGUUCAGUCCCGUCAGUGGAGCGCGAGGAGCGGCGCACGCACACACGGCUCACACACGCUCGCCUGCACGCGUGAAAGGUGCGACAGCGAGUGGACUCAGCGGACGACUUUGAUUUUGUGUGUGCGACUAAUCAGAGCAUGAAUUUGCCAUCAAUACAUCGAUUCACACCUCUAGACAAACCAAGUGAACCUUUCAAGGAAAAAGCAAACGGGGACAGAUUUUAAUGCAACAUCCUUCCUGACGGAGAGCGAUGCACCCGCCUCUUGUUCCUUAAACUGUCACAGUUUAUAUGACAGCAGAAACACAGCGCUGCUGGAUAUAUUUUCUGCAAAGCCAUUUUGUUCAUAUUUUUGUGCUCUGGGUUUUUUGAGGGGGUGCAACUUCGACCUCAGCGCACAACGAACGACAAAUAGUGCGUGUUUGAGCGCAAUUUCUCAGUGACUCGGACUUGCCUCAGAGCGGAGUUUGACUCCUCAUCAUGGGGUACGGUGCACAAACUGAUAGAGGAAGAGGAAGAGUGCCGAGAUCCUCUGCUGAGAUGCUGACCGUGUCCUGGCUUUUUCUUUUUCUCCUGGUGGAUACCGGAGUGGCUCAAGUUGAGGAUGAAUUCAUUGGGCUCGGUGAUCUGCCAGAAACCUUCCCUUCAGACCCCCCCGAGCCACUCCCUGUGUUUUUGAUGGAACCCGAGGAGGCUUACAUAGUCAAGAACAAGCCAGUCAACCUGUACUGCAAGGCCACGCCCGCCACCCAGAUCUACUUCAAGUGUAACAGCGAGUGGGUUCACCAGAAGGAGCACACUGUGGAGGAGCGGGUUGACGAGAACUCUGGCCUAGUAGUGAGAGAGGCAAGCAUAGAGAUCACUCGGCAGCAGGUGGAAGAGCUGUUUGGGCCGGAGGACUUCUGGUGUCAGUGUGUGGCCUGGAGCUCUGCAGGGACCACCAAGAGCCGCAAAGCCCAUGUCCGCAUUGCCUACCUGAGGAAGACAUUUGACCAGGAACCUCUCGGGAAGGAAGUGUCACUUGAACAGGAAGUGCUGCUCCAAUGUCGCCCACCUGAAGGCAUCCCAGCUGCUGAGGUGGAGUGGUUAAAGAACGAGGAAGUUAUCGAUCCUGCAGAUGACAGAAACUUCUACAUCACCAUCGACCACAACCUGAUCAUCAAACAGGCCCGUCUCUCUGACACUGCCAACUACACCUGUGUUGCAAAGAACAUUGUUGCCAAGAGACGCAGCACCACCGCCACAGUUAUCGUCUAUGUGAAUGGUGGAUGGUCGACAUGGACAGAGUGGUCAGUGUGUAACAGCCGCUGUGGCCGCGGUUACCAGAAACGCACACGCAGCUGUACCAACCCAGCCCCACUCAACGGAGGCACCAUCUGUGAAGGGCAAGGCAUCCAGAAACUGGCGUGCAAUCCUCUCUGCCCAGUGGAUGGCCUGUGGACAGAGUGGAGUAAGUGGUCCACCUGUGGGACAGAGUGCACCCACUGGAGGAGGAGGGAAUGCAGCGUUCCAGCACCCAAAAACGGGGGAAAGGACUGUGAGGGCAUGGUGCUCCAGUCCAAGAACUGCACCGAUGGGAUGUGCAUGCAGAGUUCCUUCUAUCAGAAGUCCUCUGAAGCAAAAGACCAGAGUGAUUUUGGAAAUUCAUUGGCCCCCAGUACAGAUGAUGUUGCUCUGUAUGUGGGUAUUGUCAUAGCGGUGAUCAUGUGCCUGGUUAUCUCUGUCGUCGUGGCACUCUUCAUCUACAGGAAGAACCACCGUGACUUUGACUCUGACAUCGUUGAUUCCUCCGCCCUCAAUGGAGGCUUCCAGCCAGUCAGCAUCAAGACUGCCCGCAAAGCUGAUCUCCUAACAGCACCCCCUGACCUGACCUCAGCAGCCGCCAUGUACCGUGGCCCCGUCUACGCCCUCCACGAUGUGGCUGACAAAAUCCCCAUGACCAAUUCCCCUCUGCUGGACCCUCUUCCCAACCUGAAGAUUAAGGUGUACAACUCCUCAGGCUUAGUGACUCCACAAGAUGACUUGGGAGGGGAGUUUUCCUCUAAAUUGUCACCUAAGCUACCACACUGCCUCCUGGACAACAGUGACAGCACGAUGGGCCGUCGCACACAGACCCAGACGUUGCUCCGCACCAGGGAUCCAUCCUGCACAGCACUGGGCUCAUUCAGCUCCCAGGGGGGACACCUCAUUGUGCCCAACUCAGGAGUAAGUCUGCUUAUUCCAGCAGGGGCCAUUCCUCAGGGCAGAGUGUAUGAGAUGUAUGUGACGGUUCAGAGGAAGGAAAACAUGAGGCCCUCGGUGGAAGAUGGCCAAACAGUGCUGAGCCCUGUGGUGAGCUGUGGGCCCCCCGGGGCCUUGUUGACUCGGCCCCUCAUCAUCACCAUGCACCACUGUGCUGUGUUUGACGGUCAACAGGAUUGGCUGAUCCAGCUCAAGAGCCAGUCACAGCAGAACCAUUGGGAGGAUGUAGUGGUGGUAGGAGAAGAAAAUUUCACUACACCGUGCUAUAUCCAAAUGGAUGAUGAAGCCUGCCACAUCCUGACAGAGACACUGGGUACCACCUGCCUAGUGGGCCAAUCUCUCAGCGCUGCAACCAUAAAGCGCCUCAAACUAGCAAUCUUUGGCCCUGUCACCUGCCCCGCCAUGGAGUAUCACAUCAGAGUCUACUGCCUUGAUGACACACAGGACGCACUUAAGGAAGUCCUACAGAUGGAGAAGCAAAUGGGUGGGAAGUUGUUGGAUGAACCAAAGACUCUCAACUUUAAAGACAGCACUCACAACCUGAGACUUUCCAUCCACGAUGUCCCCCACACAAUGUGGAAGAGCAAACUACUAGCUAAGUACCAGGAGGUUUCUUUUCAGCAAGUGUGGAGCGGCUCACAGAGGAACCUCCACUGUUGCUUUACCCUGGAACGGUUUUCCUCCAGCACUGUGGACCUGGCCUGUAAGAUAUGUGUUCGCCAGGUGGAGGGAGAAGGACAGAUUUUUCAGCUGGAUACUACACUGUCAGAGGAUUCUCAGAGUAUUGACACGUCUCUGCUGGACCCCGCUAGCAACAUCACCACACUGGUGGGGCCCAAUGCCUUUCGCAUCCCUGUCUCUAUCCGACAGAAACUGUGUGGCAGUCUUGAUGCACCACAGACCAGGGGAAAUGACUGGAGGAUGUUGGCCCACAAACUUAACCUUGACAGGUAUCUUAACUACUUUGCCACCAAAUCCAGUCCUACGGGAGUAAUCCUGGACUUGUGGGAGGCCCAGCAUUUUCCUGAUGGCAACCUCAGUCGUCUGGCCCAGGUACUGGAGGAGAUGGGACGCCAUGACAGCCUUGUUCCUGCUGCGACUGAACACUGACAUCUGUCCACUAGGGAGUGUAUGACAUUUUCUUAAGAAGAGAGGGGGACUGCGAAAGCAGACGAGCCAUUUGGCAUCAAAAUGACAAAUUCACCUACACACUCAGAUACUGUUUGUGUGUGUGUGUUGUUGUUGUUUUUUUUUUGGGGGGGGGGUGGAUUGUAUUUGCGCACACUCAGAGAAGCAAGAAGAAAGAAACAGCUAGGUCUGCUCAGCCAUGACCCAGUUAAAUAUUGGCAACAAAAGGUGUUAAAACUUGGAGGGUAAACAAGAAUAUCUGUCAUUUCUCUCUGGCUGUUCCUCUAUCUCUUUUUCUGACAACUUGAUAUUUUUGGCUCUAGUUUCCUUGGAAACAGCUGUGUGGUUAUUUGGAUGGGCUGUGCGGAUAUGUGGAUGAUGCCCUUGCCAUAGACAACAGUCUGAGUAGUGAGACGCUAUCAAAGGUCAAAGGAGCCAGGCUUGAAUCAAAGGAAGCAUCUCUCAGUCUCCAAAAACCAUAGCAACGCCAUGGAUGAGUAUGUGUUCUGUCAUAACAUAGUAUUUAAUAAUAUGCCUAUUUAUACAUAUGUUUUUUUUUGUAUUUCAUGCUGCCUGUUAUUGACUAUUUUGCAGUGUCCUCACAGUUUGUUUCCUGUUUCAUUAUGUUUUACUGUAUCAUAGCACCCCCCGGUGGACUCUUGCAGUAAUGAGUCAUUAACAUGUACAGAAGGAAAUCAAUGAUGUAACCAUUUUACUGCUUUAGUGUUGCUGUAGUAACUACUAUUAAUACUUUUUAUUCAUGUCAUGUAUAAUUAUUGAUUUUAAUUAUGUGUUAUGUGUGCUUCUUUCAAAAAUAUUUUUGAUAAGUUACAUUGGUUAUGAUUUUUCUUUCUUUGCAUGGUUUAUAAUCAGGUAAUUUUGUGAGCAAGACCCUUUUCCCAAACUGAAUACAAUUUAUGACUGAUGCUGAUGAAUUGUAUGUUGUUCAAGAUGAUGUCAUUUACAUUAAAGUGACCAGGCAGCGAGGAGAGGUAGAAAAAGGGAAUCAAAUAAGUAUAUUUUUGUAGGACCAAUGCAACUGAAUACAACUGCUUUGUACCAAAUAGUUGACAUACAGUGUAUAAGGUUUCAAUUUAAUACAGAGCGUGAUCAACUAAAUAUCAAAUGUCAUCCAGUGUCAUUUCUUGUGUUCAGAACUGAAUGACUUUCAUCUGUGUUUUGGAGAACAGAGAUUUUAACUCAGACUUCUGUAUUUGUACAUUAAUGACAGAAGCCAUCAAUGUUGACACCGACUGCACAUACAAAUUAGUGGUAGUUGUAAAUGCAAUAUUACUUUGAUGCAGCAACACUUGUGACUGUUCCACGUGGUUGGUUCUUGAUUUAUUUUUAUGUUUUUUUAAUGGCAGUUGUCACAGUUUUCGUAAAGCCGUCUAUGCAAACUUUGCAUCUUUCUGAAACAAUCUUCACAUUCUCAGUGGGCUAGCCUUUUGCAUUCCCUAGUUGUUCUUCAGCUUCAUGAUUAUUAUUGUGUAUAGUGAGAAUGUAGCCUGUCUGUUACUGGCACUCAUGAUGUUGCAACUGCUUGCAUUUCAUCUGUCAAGUUAUUGUACAAAGUGUAAGAAAGAAUUUUUAAGACUAAUAAUAAAUUAUAUUUAUAUGCAACAUUGAAAA